AUGCAAAAUCAAUUAAUCUUUUUCAGCAAACCUCAGCCCAACCCCACCCAUCGAACUGCCUGGCGUCAAAUUGGAAGCCGGCAAAAGAAACAUACUGAAAUAAGGACCGCCGGGGAUCGGAUAGUGGUGGAAGAAGUGGUGUUUAAAGAAUACAGCGCCGAUCAGGCGAGCGAGAUUGAUCCCGCAAACUUUGACACAAUGUCCAUUCGAACUGACGUCUCUGAUGAUGACAUGAGUGUCAUCGCUCUGAUUUGCCGAUGGAUGACUUUUUGCCGGCCGAAGAAGCAAUGGAAGCAUUUGUUGUUGAUGAUCAGAUCGCUGGAUGAUCGGCACUAUAAAAGGAUCUUGCUGUCAUCAUCAACGUUGCUGAUCACAAUUCAGCUUAAUGUUAUCGGGAAAAUCAGAAAGAUUUUCCUAUUACAAGAGCUCGGCCUAAUGAGAGGCGAUGUCUACAAAUCAAUACCACCAAGCCUGCCACCCCAGCCAGCCUCUGAUCCGCAGAUUCAAUUCACGUUUUCCUCGCCGGCUGAUCAACAGAUUUCAAUUCUGAAUUUGAAUGCCAGCAGAAUGGAUUUAAUUGUGGAGGAUGAAAUUGUCAGCCAUCUGUCAGCUUGGAUUCAAGAUGAUCAGCCUACUCCUAACAAGCUUCGACUGCAAGUCCAAGUCAACGAUUCACAAGUGGAAAUUCGGGACAAGUUCUUUAAACGACAAGGCUUUUAUACGAAAAACGUCCAGCACGAACUCGUCGCUUCGAGCGGAAAGCUCGUCAUGUGCUGGCGGCUUAUACUACUUGCCUCUGCCACCGAGAAU